AAUAGAGCCAGCAGUUCCUGGUUGUUGGUCUAGUAGGUGGAGCGAGCAGACAGACAGAGAGUGAGCGAGAGAGAGAGAGCAGCCAGAAAGCUGCAGCAGAGAGUCUGUAUGAUUUGUGUUGCCGGAUGCAGUCAGUGCUGCCUCCUCCUCCUCCACUCCUCCUCUCCAGCUGCUGCUACAGUGCAGUCGUCCAGCAAGUGGAGCUCUCCUCUGGCUGCAGUAGCCCGGAGCCCAGAGACGCAGCACAGCCACCAACAGGAGCAGGGAAGGGGAGACACUAGCGCACAGAGCCAAGCCAGCAACACACACACACAGUGGCAGGCACUCCUCCUCUCGCACCACACCGUUCUGCGCAGCGCCUUCACUCGUUCGCUUGUUCACUCACUCUCUCACUCACCCCUCCGCCAGAUUUCUCCCUCGUUCCACUCUGCUCUGCCUGAGAAUGGUCCAGCCGGUGCCUGGGGCUCUUCUGUCGUGGCCUGUCUGAACACACACAAACACACAUAUACUCAACAGACACACGGAUGCGCGAGCACAAACCGAACAGCAAUGUGAGAGAGGAAGUGCCUUCCCUGACAUCUGCUGCAGCUUCGAUCCGCUUCUAGAGCAGAAGCUCCACCCUCCCCCCCCGCCUCGCUUGCUGCCACGAUAACGCGAGCACAAGGAUACCAACCACACCCCUCGUCACGGCCCACGCCUAAAAAAAUCCACGCCCAGACCUGCACCAGCCCCAUCGUCACCAGGCUUACUGCCCUAAGCCUUCACCUGCCCUCCCGUACCACCCUACCCCAGAAAGCCACUCUCCUUCUGGGCCCAGCCUCUCUCUUUCAGACCCCUCAGUGUCUCUAAUCUCCAUUGAUCUCCAUUCAGUCACAGCCUACAACACUGUUGUAGUCAGGAAAGAAGGAUCUGAAGAGUGAACUUUCCCUCUGGGUUACAUGCUGAUUGGUGAGAUACAAGUUGAGACAAACAGUGGUAGAGUCAUUCUCUGCUCAGAUCAUUGUCUGUUGAGUGUGUUCUCAAUGCUUUAAGGAAGGUAAUAACAUACACACAACAAUUUUAAAACACAUUUCACCUAUCGCCUUGAUACAUCCACUCGGAUCUUUCAGAAGAAUAAGGUGUAGCGGAUAUAUCCAACCAAAGGGGACACACACCAACACACACAUCACGCUUUAGCCCGAUUCGGACGGAUUACUAUUAUUUUCCUGGACUGUCUUUGUGACCAUGGCGCACAUGAACAUGGCGCACAUGCGGGACACAAAAUGGCUGACACUGGAGGUGUGUCGGGAGUUCCAGAGAGGCACGUGCUCACGCUCCGACCAGGAGUGUAAGUUCGCCCACCCAGCCAAGAGCUGCCAGGUGGAGAAUGGACGAGUCAUUGCCUGCUUCGACUCCCUCAAGGGCCGUUGUUCCAGGGAGAACUGUAAGUACCUGCACCCUCCUGGCCACCUAAAGACCCAGCUGGAGAUCAACGGCAGGAACAACCUCAUCCAACAGAAGAACAUGGCCAUGCUGGCCCAGCAGAUGCAGCUCGCAAAUGCCAUGAUGCCCGGCACACAGCUACAGCCUAUGGUUAGUCUCUAUGACCUGGUCCAAGACAGCAACAGGUUCAGUUUACAUCAACCUAUGUUCUCUAUGGCACCAGGCCUGGCCACCAAUGCCAGCGCGGCGGCAGCAGCCUUCAACCCGUACCUGGGCCCGGUAUCGCCCGGCCUGAUGCAGGCAGAGAUCAUGCCCAGCCCGCAGGUCCUCAUGGCAGGCCACCCCAACCACGGCCAGGUCCCCAAUGCUGCAGCCGCAGCUGCACAGAAACUCAUGAGGACAGACAGACUGGAGGUGUGUCGUGAGUACCAGCGGGGCAACUGCUCCCGGGGGGAGAAUGACUGUCGCUUCUCCCACCCCUCCGACAGCACCAUGAUCGACACCAACGACAACACGGUCACCGUGUGUAUGGACUACAUCAAGGGCCGCUGCUCCAGGGAGAAGUGCAAGUACUUCCACCCUCCGGCCCACCUGCAGGCCAAGAUCAAGGCUGCACAGCAUCAGGUGAACCAGGCCACUGCCGCCGCAGCCAUGACUCAGUCGGCUGUCAAAUCACUGAAGCGACCCCUCGACGCAACCUUUGACCUGGGGAUCCCCCAUAGUGUCAUGCCACCCAUGCCCAAGCGGGCAGCCCUGGAGAAGCCUAAUGGGGCUUCUGCCAUGUUCAACACUGGCAUGCUCCAGUACCAACACGCCUUGGCCAACAUGCAGUUUCAGCAGCAGGCUGCCUUCCUCCCCUCAGGCUCAAUAUUCUGCAUGACCCCCACCGCCGGUGUUGUACCCAUGAUGCACGGUGGUACGCAAGCGUCUGCAGCCACCACAUCUGCCACAAGCGUUCCCUUCGCAACCUCCUCAGCCAAUCAGUUGACUACCAACGAAUACAUGCAAUUGAUUCCAAUCAUUUCUGCCGAUCAUCUGAGUAGUCACAAGUAUCUGACUCAAAUGUAGUUCGAGUCAAGAACAAUCAAAUGACUGUGUGUUGGCACUGUACAAGCCUAAAGAGUUCAGCCUUUAUGUCUAUAAUGUUCAGAAUGUCAAGCAAUGGACAGGAGGAGAAUCGGUCGUCAUCUCUCAGUCGCUCCGUAAUGCUGUUCUUGUCACACAUGCCAACAUCGGUGUGCCCAGUCGAUACCAUGACACACAUACACACACACACACACACCUCCUUGUCCUCCAAGGCAUCACCCAGCUGAGAAGAGGAGUGUCUGUCUAUCCAUGCUGACAGACACUGAGUACAUUCACAAUACACCUGUGUGUUCAAACACAAUUUCUUUCUUACAUUUUUUUGCACACACAUGAGGCUGAGAGCGAGAUGUUGUGGCGUCUAACGUACAGAAUACUGUGUUGGUACGUCGGUAGACCAAGACAGCAUUUUUUAUUUGUUUUGUUUUUAAAUUAAUACAUUUGUUUUCAUGGUUUACAAAAAAACAUUGCAAAUGUGCACCUUGAAUUUGAAUUGAAAUCAGAAAGGCACAACACAUUUUAGCAUGUACAGUUUUCUGUUUUUAAAAAGGCUUCUAGUGAAGCUAGAUGAUAAAAUGAGGGUCAGGGACAUAUGAAUGUUCUGGGUAAGAAACACACCUGUGUACCUUUGAAAGCACAGCCAUGCUAGCUUUAACCACCUAAUGUGUGCCAUAGAGGCCAUACAUCCCAAACCAGAGUGUUAUUUCAGCAGUGUUAUUCUGUUUACCUAAGAUAUGUGUUUUAUGGCUCGAGUUUAGUUUUUUACAUAAUUUCUCCAUUGUGUAUUUUCUUUAUAUAUAUAUUGUGCCAUUUGAUUUUUGGUUGAUAAUUAGGAAUGGGUUCCUCUCCAGCCUUUGAUCUCUCUUGCAAUGAAAAAAAAUAGAGGUGCCUUUUAUCAAUUUGUUUUUGUUUUGCCUUUCUGUUUUUGCUUUAUUGUUGUAUUUAUCAGAUGGGGAGAUCUAUGACUCUAGCUCAUAGUGACUGGGAGAGUUGUAAGUCAGUAGACUCUAAUGCCUGUUGAAGUGAUAUGGGGCGUACUAGCUCUCCAUGAGGUCUCAUUUCCUUGUCCCCAACCUUAAAGGAAAAAUCCACUCAAAAACGAUCUUUUGGUAUUAUAUCAAAAUGUAGUUUUUGAGUUUAUUUUUUCAUAUAGGUGGAGGGAUUCUAAAAGUGUGUCUAGAAAGAAGCACUGUCAAACCAUGUGUCGCUGAAAAAAGAUACGUUUGAUUAGGUCAUAAGAAUAUAUACACUUGGUUGAGUGUUUUUGUGCUCCCCCAGAACUAUUACCUCUCAAUAGACACAUUUUACUUCAAUUGAGGUAAUACAACAAAUAACUAAUUUGAUGUGAAUUUAUCAAACAGAAGAAAAAAGUAUCUCACUUUUUUGAUCAGAUUUGAACUGAUUCAGGAUACCGAAGCACAGUUCUGCUCAUGCACGAAGGGUUACCGGAGUAUAUGGCCAAAUUCAAGGAAGGUUCAACACAGAAUUGGGGGAACAGAGAUUUCAUUUCAAAACCCUUGUUUUCACACGCCAUUAUGUUCUGUGAUUUCGUUUUGUUGUUUUGACUGAGGUGUAAGAUCUCUUUACUGAUUGUAUUGUACUUCUAUUGAAGCCUUAGAUUACAGGACUGGGUUCCAUCCCAAUCAAAUGUACUUUCAAUCACCAUACAGGCAAUGAACACCAAUUAUAUAUUAUAGUCCGUACACAUACAUACACCUUAUAAUGUUUUGGUUUAGUUUUUUUUCUCAAGUAACAAUUUACUCUUAAAUUUCAUUGAACUCAUGUGUUAUGUAUUACUUAAGGAUUUUAAUCUAUUUGAAUAUUUAGUUUGUAGAUUUCUGCCUUAUUAUAUUCUACUUGACAACAUUAUUAUAUAGCCGUUGUAAAUUUAGAGAUUUGGAUUUUCAAACCAUACUAAUGAUUAAUAAUAAUAUGUGGAGUCAGAAUAAGUAUUCACAUCAUUCUUGUAGCUGGACGCCUGAAGAAGUUGAUCAAACAUGUUGAUCAACGACCUUUUGAUAUUGAUACAAUGAACGGCGUCAGUUGGUGUGUUGCCGAGGUAUCUACUCUGGCUGAAAACUAAUGUUUUAACUAGCUACAAGUCGAGAUCUCGUUUGAAAACACGCUAUCUGUAAAAUGUUUUAGAACACCUACUCAUUCAAGGGUUUUUCUUUUAAUUAUUUUCUACAUUGUGCUCAGCAUAUGUGGGAACUCCUUCAAGACUGUUAGAAAAGCAUUCCAGGUGAAGCUGGUUGAGAG